GCUCAACUCGAAGCCAAGACCCGGUGGGAGGGUUGUGUUAGUGCUUGAAAUAGGGAAUAUUGAUUUCUUUAUUUGGUUUUUUUGGACGAGCUCCCCCGGUCUCUAUUGUGAUACUCCUGCGGGCGUUUGCAAAAUAAAUCAAAACAGCAGCUCAUCAAUCCAAAGAGGUGUGGUUGCGCCAGACUCGCCCUAAGGCAUAUUGUAUUGCCAUACCUUUUUAUAAGGUGUGGGGAGCUGAAAGGGAGCAGUUUUUCUGUUGUAUAUAUAAACUAAGACAAGAUGCCGGAAGACGCUGAAGCAAAUGGGACAGAGGUCUCAGAUGCUAUGUCCGAGAAUGAGAACGAGUACGACGACAUGGAACACGCCAUUAAAGACGAAGAUAUCAAGAUGAACGACCAAAACACUUCACCUGAGCCUGGUGCUGACCAGUCGGGAGAGGUUAAGAAAAAGUACGAUCCUAAGGAUCCACACCGCCCGAGAAGAAAGAAGGCAAGGCGUGCUUGUUAUGCUUGCCAGAGGGCGCAUCUAACUUGCGGAGACGAACGUCCUUGUCAACGAUGUAUAAAGCGUGGUCUUGCGGACGCUUGUCAAGACGGAGUCCGGAAGAAGGCAAAGUAUCUUCAUGAUGCCCCUCCGGAGGCCUUGAGACCGGUCCUUGGGCCUACCUACAACCCAGCUGCCCAUACGAAGACGAACGGGAGACAUCUUUCCAAUGGAAACGCUGAAACUUCGCCUUAUUAUUCGGAAGCCUCUAAUUCAUCCUCUUACUCCAUGUAUGGCGGUAACGGUCAGAGCCAGAUGGCAUCAUUACCGGAUAACAUGUCUUUCGGUGGGCAACAAUCUCCCGUAACGCCUGGAUACCAACCAAACACAUCCAGGGCAGCACAGAUGGGUUCCAUGCAGGUCCCUCACGUGUCCAGCGAGAUGAACAACAACUUCUCCACGGCCUUGUUCGACCCAAGCAAUCCUGCCAUAUUCAAUUUUGACCUUGAAGGCUUGAAUUUUGGAAGCCACUACGGUGCGCUGGAGUUUGGGAUGCUUGGUCACAUGUCCUCUGGCGCCGCAGAAACGCCACCUAGGGAUGCUAUAGCUCAAGCUCCCGGGACGGACGUUAAUUAUAGCCACACGACGGUGUUUCGAAACGGUGUCAACCAAUAUAACCAGAUAUAUGAGAAUGGUAUGGCUGAUAGUUACAUGAGUGUCGACCCAAGUAACGGUGGUGCAUACCCUGGCAAUCUACAGCAUGGCUUGCCUCAUGCGUACGCCGUGGCAGCUGCUGGGCCAACUCCGAACAGUUUGGCUAGUCCGAGUACGGACAAUACAUCUAGUCCUCAGCCUACUGGUUAUGGAUUUGACAAAUCCCCGACCGCGAGUACUUACACGCAUACACCUGCUAGUUCCCAACCCAUAGUACAACCCUCGAGACCAAAACCAAAAUCUACGAAUUCAACCAAUCGAUUUGGUCCUCAGACUGUCCUAGGCAAGAGACAUCGCGAUCCGUCCGCGGUCUAUGACACUGUUACUGAGCCUUAUCCUUACCUCACUGGAUUUCAUAACUUGAUCGCUUUCGUCCAGCGAAGAUUCUCCGCCAGCAAAACCCUGCGUAUUGCUAAGUCUCUCGCUAGCAUCCGGCCGUCGUUCAUUGCUUGCACACGUAAUCUCAACCGACAAGACCUUAUUUUUAUGGAGAAGUGCUUACAACGGACAUUGUUUGAAUACGAGGAUUUCAUGGGACAUUGCUCUGCACCAACGAUCGUUUGCCGCCGAACUGGAGAGGUGGCGGCGGUAAACAAAGAAUUCAUAGCGCUAACUGGGUGGACCAAAAAUAUCCUAUUGGGCAAAGAACCCAACAUGAAUGCCAACAUCGGUCGGUCGGGGUCUGAGCUGAGUGGCAUUGGGGCUACUACUACACCGCGCCUGAAAAGCCACCAGCCAGACAUGGCAAAGAAUUCAGAGGGCAAGAUACAACCCGUCUUCAUUGCUGAAUUCAUGGAUGAUGAUAGCGUGAUCCAAUUCUACGAAGAUUUCGCUCAACUGGCAUUUGGCGAUAGCCGUGGUCAUGUCACGAGAAAGUGCCGGUUACUCAAAUAUCGAACAAAAGAAAUGAACGAAUGUUUAAGCAGCGACGAGUCUCCUCACAAGGACCGUCGGAAUAGUAGCAUCCUGAGCAAUAGGGUUACUCGAAUAGAUGGAGAACACGGGAUCUCUAGGCUCGAAAAGGAUGGCAAAAUUGACUGUACGUUUUGCUGGACCAUCAAACGCGAUGUGUUUGAUAUACCAAUGUUAAUCGUUAUGAAUUUCCUACCAUGUUACUACCGCAAUCAGGACCAACUGGCUGUAUAGGUAUAUGGAUACAGACUUGGCUGGAUGCACGAUACAUGAUAGACGCAUGCAACGUUUCUGAAUACUUUUCUUCUUGGUUCAUACGGGCCUAUUUUUUUUUCAGCAUGGGCGGCGUUCUGGACGGGGCUCACAUUUUAGAGCCCUUCUCCCUUAGCAGGGAGCUGGUCAUUUUCACUACCUAGGUAUUCAUGCAUGUAUCUCUGGACUUUAUAUAUAUAGGGUAGACCCGGUAUAGAGCAUGGACUUGAGCUCAGUUUUACGAUCGAGUACCAUGAAUUUCAUUUGUUCAUAAGAUACC